AUGUUGCAUUCGCCGCUAGCGUCGCAUCGCGACGAAGAUCCUCAGGAGCCGCAACAGCGCGCAGCGGCGCGACCCAUGGGCGAGCCUCUGCUUACUCUCGACGCACCAACUUCAGGCAACCAUCCAGGAUGUGGCGAGUCGGUCGACGCGGUGCAAAGCUGUCGCCUUCCGCCUUUCUGGAAAUCCAACCCCGAGCUGUGGUUUCUCCAGGUCGAAGCGGUGUUUCAAGCGUUGCGAGUACGCAACGACGAAACCAAGUACAGCCUCGCCGUAUCCUUGCUCGACCCGAAAUCGUUGCAGGAGCUUUCAGACAUCAUUCGGUUACCGCCGCCAGACAGGAAGUACGAGCUGCUGAAAGCCACCAUCCUGAGCCGUUUUUCGGAUUCGGCGGACCGACAAUUGCUGCGUCUCCUCACUCAGCUUGAGCUGGGGGACCGCAAACCUUCGCAGCUGCUGCGCCAGAUGCGCACGCUAGCUGGAACCAGAGUUCCGGAGGACGUCAUCCGGGUUCGUUGGCUGGACCUGCUACCUAUCAGCAUCCAGCAAAUCCUCAAGGUGCUCAAAACUCACAACCUGGAGGAGCUAGCCGCAGCUGCCGACGAGCUGUUGGGAAGCGGGCAAGGCUACCCGGUAGCCGCCGUCCAGCCACCUGCAAGUACCUGCGCCGUGUGCGCGGCUUCGGGCGGUCAGCUGACAUCCCGCCAACCUGACCUUGCCGCGGUGCUGACUGACAUCAGAGCUUCGCUACUGCGGAUGGAGGCCUCCCAGCGGGACAUACUCUCUUUCCUGCGCCGCCAACCUCCUGUAGACUCCGGUUCCGUCAUCUCGUUGCUGCCCAGGUCGCAAACGCGAGACAAGCUUCCAACGCAGAGGCUCACGCUCCUCGCUGCCAACGCCUCACCUAUAGCAACGUACGGAAUGCGCACGCUGGUUCUCAAUCUGGCGCUCCGGAGGGACUUCGAAUGGCGUUUCAUUGUGGCGGACGUGCAGACUGCCAUCCUAGGAGCCGACUUUCUCGCACAUUUCGGACUCCUGGUGGACGUCGCUGGCCGUCGUCUCCUCGACUCGCUCACCUCUCUACAGGUACAAGGCGUCAUGUGCCGAGCCAGUGUACACAGCAUAGCAGUGAGGCAGGAGGCCAACGUUCCGGAAGGCCAGCUGGGCGUAUGUUAUACUCGAGUCUUGGCGGAUUUCGCCAGCGGGGCUAAGGACAAUCGUGCCUCUUCAGGCCCGAGCAGCACAGGAGUGCGCCAUCAUAUUCUGACUACUGGGCCACCAUGUUUCGAGCGUCCUCGAAGACUGUCCGGGGAGAGGCUCGCAGCGGCUAAAGCAGAAUUCGACUCGCUGCGAGCCCAAAACAUUGUACGCCCUUCCUCGAGUCAAUGGGCUAGUCCUAUUCAUCUGGUCAAGAAGAAGACAGGAGGAUGGCGAGCCACUGGCGAUUACCGCCGGCUUAAUGCCAGCACCGUUCCUGAUUGGUAUCCCCUACCGAAUAUUGAAGACCUCCUCCAGGACUGCCACGGAUGCACGGUAUUCUCCGUCGUCGAUCUCGAACGGGCGUACUACCAGUUGCCCGUCGCGGAGGAGGACGUGCCCAAGACAGCCGUGACGACUCCUUUCGAUUUGUUUGAAUUUGUUGGCAUGCCUCUAGGACUCCGCAACGCCUCUCAAACAUUCCAACGACACAUGGAUUUGGUGCUGCGCAAUCUUCGAUUCGUGAGGUGCUACCUGAACGAUCUGCUGGUGCUCUCCAAAUCGCACGAGCAGCACAUCGAGCACCUCCAGCUAUUGUUUGCCGCUUUAAGCCAAGCUCAGCUCUCCAUCAACCUGGAUAAAUGUAUGUUCGGGCGAAAUCAGGUGACUUAUCUAGGCUUCUUAGUAUCGCAACAAGGCUACCAGCCGCCCCCGCAGCACGUGCAAGCAAUACGAGACUUUCCGCUGCCGAAGACAGUAGCCGAUCUCCGAAGGUUCCUCGGCAUGCUAAACUUUUAUCGUCGCUGCAUUCCGAAGGCGGCUGAACUACAAGCGCCUCUACACAACUUCCUCAAAGGGGCCAAGAAGAGAGACCGUUCCGAGGUACACACUGCCAUCGGCGCCGCUCUGAAGCAGUUCGAAGAUGGUUCUUGGCGACCGACCGGAUUCUUCUCACGCAAACUCAGCGACGCAGAGCAACGCUAUAGCACAUACGAUCGCGAGCUGUUGGCCAUUUUCGCAAGCAUUAAGUACUUUCAGAGGAUCCUGGAAGGACGUCAGUUCCGGCUCACUUUGGAGCACGUAAAAGGGCAGGACAAUGUCGUGGCGGAUACGCUUUCGAGAGCCUGCGCUAUCGACAUGCCGACCAUCUUGGACGCUGCUACAAUCGCUAAUGCACAGGAUGACGACGACGAGCUUCCGCAUCUGCGAGACAAUGCUGCAACGCCUCUACAGCGCCUUACUAUCAAGGGCUACGACGUCUACUGCAGCAUCGCCGGAAUUCGGGUGAGGCCCUACCUGCCAGUUUCGCUCCGGCGACGAGCCUUUGACGUCGUGCACGGACUCGCACACCCGAGCGGUCGGGCUUCAGUAAAAGCCACGCAGCGGUUCUUUUGGCCGGGCAUUAAGAAGGACGUCGCGCGCUGGGCCCGAGAGUGUCAACCCUGUCAACGGGCAAAGGUCCACCGGCAUAACCACUCAGCCCUCGGUCGAUUCAACACACCCGACAACCGUUUUGACCACGUCCACGUGGAUAUAGUCAAGCUGCCGCUAGUUGCAGGGCGGCAAUACUGUCUGAUAGCCAUCGACAGAUUCUCCAGGUGGCCGAUCGCCGUGCCGCUGCAGGAUAUGCAAGCAGGGACUAUAGCAGCAGCCUUCUUCGAGCAUUGGAUCUGCCACUAUGGGACCCCAUUAACGAUCACCUCCGACCAGGGAGCGCAGUUCGAAUCAGCACUGUUCACGGCGCUGGCGCAGCUCAUCGGGGCCAAGCGGAUACGGACAGCACCGUAUCACCCGCAAUCCAACGGUAUAAUCCAGCGAUUUCAUAGGUCGCUCAAGGCAGCGCUGAUGUGCAACCCUCAAACGCCUUGGAUGGACCUUUUGCCAGCGGUGAUACUGGGCCUUCGCACCUGUUUCAAGCAGGACCUACAAGCCUCUGCGGCAGAGAUGCUGUACGGCACGGCGUUAAGGAUUCCGGGUGAGUUCUUCGUUACGCAGAAUCAACCGGCUUGCCCACAGGUCUUUCUGUCAAAAUUUCGAAGCCUCAUCAGAGACAUCAAGCCGACUGAGUUUAUCAGGAAGCCGUUGGAACCACCUUAUACAGGGCCGCAUGAGGGCAGUGUGUUGAAGGCAUUGGUGAUGUCGAGCGAUACCGCCAACAACAACCCGCCCUCCCUCUCCACGAGCACUCUGGCCAGGUCCCGGCGACGCUGGAUCGCAUCCAGCGUGGAUCUUCCGGGCUUAGACCCGUAUUGGUGA